CUUCACCACCACUCAGCUGCAUCUCACAUACAAGAAAACUCGUAUGCAGGUUUGAAGGGCCUUUGUUCAAAUUUUGGCAAAUUUUUGCGGAGUUCUCUGGCGAUUUAGGAAAUUGGUCUUAGGACAGAGCAUCUCGGAGUCAAAGCUGGGCGGGAUGAAAAGUGAACUGCAGACGUUCAUAGAGCGCCAGACCUAUAGUAAGGUAGGAACUGCCUUUUCUCAAACCCCGGGUGCUUCCCUUUGCCUCCUCUCAGCCCUGCCCCUUCCAGCUCCUGCUAAGAGCUCCCAGCGCAGGCGCAGUAACCAGGGAGCGGAAGUCGCUCUGUAGUGGAAGGUAGAAGGAGGAAGGACUACAAUCUGUUAGCUCUGUGGAUUCGUUCGGACUCCGUGCUAGGCCAAGGCCCAGCUCACUAUGAACCGGCUUUCUGAAGAUGAUGAUCCGUAUGUAGUUGAAGAACCCAGCGAUGAGGAACCAGCUUUGAGUAGUUCUGAAGAUGAAGUAGAUGUGCUUUUACAUGGCACUCCUGACCAAAAGCGAAAACUUAUCAGAGAAUGUCUUACUGGUGAAAGUGAAUCAUCUAGUGAAGAUGAAUUUGAAAAAGAAAUGGAAGCUGAAUUAAAUUCCACCAUAAAAACAAUGGAAGAUAAGUUGUCAUCAAUAGAAACAGGUUCUUCCUUAGGACCUGUGAAAACUUCAGUGGUUCUAUCAAAGUAUUAUGAUGACAUGUAUUCUGAUUCUGAUUCUGAGGAUGAAGAUACAGUAAUAUCACAAGUGAAUAAGAAGAAAAAAAAACAACAGUAUCGGAUACCAACAAAUGAUGAAUUAUUAUAUGAUCCUGAAAAAGACAAUAGAGAUCAGGCCUGGGUGGAUGCACAAAGAAGAGGAUACCAUUGUUUAGGAGUGCAACUCUCUCACCAACAACAGGCUGUACCAAACAGUGAUGCUGUCUUAAAUUGCCCUGCCUGCAUGACUACAUUGUGUCUUGAUUGCCAGAGGCAUGAAUACUACAAAACUCAAUACAGGGCAAUGUUUGUGAUGAAUUGCUCUGUCAAUAAAGAGGAGAUUCUAAGAUAUAAAGGCCCAGUGAAUCGGAAGAACAGGCAGAGCCAUAAGAAAAUGAAGUCUGACAGUGAAGAUUCUACAGUUCAAGCAGAGAAUGAAGAAAUAUAUCACCCAGUAAAAUGUACUGAAUGUUCAACUGAAGUAGCAGUAUUUGAUAAGGAUGAAAUCUUCCAUUUCUUCAAUGUAUUAGCAAGCCAUACAUAAAAACAUUGCUGACAAUUUGCAUACCUGCUACUAUAUAAAUACAAAUUUGGAAUAUAUAUUCCUCUUGAGAGUUUGUACAUUUAAGAAAAUCUAAAGUUUCUAAAGAUAUAGAAUAAAAAAAUCUAAAAUUGUCACUUGAGGAAAUAUUUUCAAUCUUGAUUAGAAGUGGUUAGUAAUUUUUAGGCAGGUUUGAUUGAAAGAUGAUUUAGAAGUCAUGAUGUUUAACAGGUAGUUGGAUAUUGAUUAGCUGUUUGGAAUAAACAUUUUCCUGAAUUAUAGCAGUUCUUGGCCUUUAUGAAAUUAUUUUACCUUUGCCCUUUCUGUUACUAGAAGCUUUUGUGUUAUUUAAUUGUAGGGUUUGGCUCACAAAUGUGUCACUUUAGGGACAGCUAGAGAGCCAAGCCUCCAGGUUGAGUGGCCCUGGUUUCAAAUUUGGCUUCAGGUACUUCCUAGCUGUGUGACUAUGGUCAAGUCACUUAACUCUAAUUGCCUAGCCCUUACUGCUCUUCUGCUUUAAAAUGGAUACUCAGUAUCUAUUUUAAGACAGAGGGUAAGGAUAAAAAACAAAUAAACAACCAUGCAUAACUAUAGAAUCCACCAUAAUCUAUACUUUCUUAGAAAGCUCCUUGUGUUGAAUUAUCAGUAGAUCAAAAACAAGUAUAGUAUCUGGAGAGUGAUAAAUAUGGUUUUUGAAACUAUUAUAAGCUAUUGUCAGUUAAAGAAUUUACUUAUCAGGAUUUUAAACUUAAUGAAUUUAUUCAUUAACAGGUUUAUUCAAAAGCAUCCUUAAAAAGUAAAGCUCUUUGAUCAUUCUUUAUACCCACAAGGUAUCUCUGGUAUGGCCUUUAUCUGGAGUUAUAGUUUUAGAUUUGUAGUAAUGGUUUUUUAAAAAGUUUCAACUUUAGGAAAAAACUAAAGCUUACAGAAAUAAAUAAGCUUUUAAAAAUUUCCUGAUUGAGUAUCAAAAUAGAGGGUUUUUUCCCAAAGCAAACGUUAUCUUGAAAACUCUACAUUCUUUUGUUCUACAAGAUGACUGUGACAAGAUGAUGAAGGGUCUCAAACAUUGUAUCCUAUAUUGAGACUUGGGAGUGUCCCAUAGGAAGGGGAAUGGAGGUGUGACAGUGGGCAAAGGGUAGAGUGUGAUGCCCAUGUGCCCACAGGGCAGAAGUGCCUGAUCUCUACAAGCUGGUCUGUUGACCUGAGGCCAGAAGUCGACGAGACUGUGGAGGCCAUUAGACCCACGAGACUCCUCCUUUAGAUCCCUAUUCAUCCAUAGCUCGCUAAGAGUACACAUGAAGACCAUCUUCCCUGGAAACAGGGCAUGGAAACAUACCUUCCCCAACCAUCAAAUCUGCAUUUUGUGCUAUACCAGCUAGGAAAAAGUUUGAUUUCUCCUGUGACAGAAAUAAGCCCUUUGAGUUUGUGCUGGGAUGCAAGUAAGUGUUGAGACUUCUAAAAAAAGCGAAUUUCUAUUGAACUUCUAUUUAUUACAUCAGUGUAAUUUGCCCAAAUAUCCCUUUCCCUAGCCUUACAGAGAGUCAUCCCAUAUAAUAAACAGUAAUUUUUUAAGAGAAAAAAAUAUCAGUACAACUGGAUAAACAUUGAAAAGGACAAAAAAAUUGUGCAAUAUGUACCACUUAUUGAUUUCCCAACUCCACAAAUGAGUGGGUUAGGAGUUUCUUCUCAUAUCGCUUCAAUAGAAUCAUGCUUGAUGGUUUUUUUUUAAUUAAUGGAAUUUAUUAACAAGUGUCUCAGUCUGUCCCUCUCCUCCCUGGAUCAUCAAGUAUUAAAUCUAUACCUGUGUAUGAUGUUCUUUUGGUUCAGUAGUGAUUUAGAGCCUGUUUUUUUUUUUCAUAUAUCUAUAUAUGGCUUUGAUUUUUUUCAUCUAAAUUGUCCGUAUCUUUUGUCCAUAUCUCAGUUAGGAGAUGGCUCUUAUGAGUUUGACAAAGUUCUCUCUAUAUUUUAUAUAUGGGACCUCUAUCUGGGAUUUGUUUUAUCUGUACAAAAACUUUUCAAUUUAAUGCACUCAAAAUUACCCCUUUUACAUUUCUUAAUGCUUCCUGUCUCUUGUUGACUCAAAUUCUUCUGCUAUCCAUAAAUCUGAUAGGUAAUAUAUUCCCUGUUCUUCUAAUUUACUUAUAUCUCCUUUUAUAUCUAGAUCAUGUAUUCAUUUUGAUCUUGUCUUAGUGAGUAGACUAAAGAUACCUAGUUUCUGCCCAACCUGUUUCCAGUUGUCCCAGCAAUUUUUACCAAUGAUUGCUUAUCCCAAAAAAUUGGAGCUCUUUUUUUGUCAAAUAUAGGGUUACUACAGUCUUUAUAAUGUUUGUUGUAUAUCUGUCUUGUUCUACUGACCUUUUUUUUUCUUAGCUAGUACCAGAUAGUUUUGAUAAUUACUGCUUUAUAAUGCAAUUUAAAGUAAAGUUAUUGCUAAACUUGUUCCUUUACAUUUUCCCAUAAAUUCUUUUUAUAUUCUUGAUCUUUUAUUUUUUCAAAUGAAUUUUGUUAUUCUUUUCUAGCUCAGUAAAAUAAUUUUUUGGUAAUCUAAUUGGUAUGACAUUGAACAAUUAGAUUAAUUUAGGUAGUAUAAUUAUUUUUAGGUAGUAUAAUUUUAAUUAGCUAUGCCCAUAUAUGACCAAUUAAUGUUUCUCCAAUUAUUUAGAUCUUACUUUUUUGUAUAAACAGUGUUUUAAAAUUAUGCUCACAUAGUUCCUGGAUUUGUUUUGUCAUGUAAACUCAUGUUUUGUCAUGUAAAAAAAAGGUAUUUUAUUCUAUAUGUGAUUAUUCUAAAUAAAGUCUGUCUAUCUCUUCUUGUAA